GCUCAUGGCGUCACGUACCUCUAAACAACUUAUUUUUGUCCAAUAUAAAAUAAAUAGUCACGAACCAUAAUGCUUAACAUAUAUGAUUGUUUUUGUAUCGCUUGCUCUGUUGGUCGACACUGGGUUGGGCCGACCAGGGUUAUCGAUUGCGACAAGAGUUAUGCGCCUUGUUUCGCUCCACGGCGGUUAAUUUAAAAUAAAUGUGUGCCUAAAACGUAACUUGCUUUUUAUAAGCUAUUCCGUGAGUUGGCAUGUUACAAAGACUAUUUCCUUUAAUAAGGCUCGUGUAAAUUUUAAAUGUAGUGACUACACAGUUCAAGCAUUGUUCAUUCAAUGUUUAUCGACACUGUGCUUGAAGUUCGAUCGCUUUUUCAACAUUCAGUUUGACGGCAGCUUGUUAACCUGGAUUGCAUAUUCCUUUCUGAGAUGGACCAAUCAUUGCAACCAUUCUCCACUGGACUUCCACUAGAGGGUAAAAAGAAAAAGCAACAACUCCAGAGAGUCAUUCAGGAUCUAGCAGAUUUUUCCCAAAGUUCAGAUGAUGAAUCUAUCAACCCAGAAUACCCUGCCCCCUCAAGAUGGAAUGAAAAUAAUUACUCUACACAACAAAAGUGUAGCCAGCGAGAAGAAUCAUUUGACAAAGACAUCUGUUCCACAAUGUUGGGUAAUUAUCACACAUCACAAAUUACAGCAGAAGGAAAGCAUUACAAAAACAGAUCAGCAGUAGUGACUUCUAAACUUAAACAUAAAGAUUUCCUGAAUUCCAUAUUAUCUCAAGGGAAGGAAAAUGUGCUAACUUCAAAUAUAACAUGUUUAAGGGAGACAGAGAAGCCAUCUAAACAUAACUAUUGUCAAGGAUUGAAUAAAACUAAGCAAGAAGAUGGACACAGAAUGGUACUUGAACCUGACCCAGACUCCAAACAUUUUGGUCCAACAAGGCCACAAGUUGGUUGCCGUAUUAAGUCUGUGAAUUUGACUGCCACAGUGAAGGCUCUGGUAGGAAAUCAGACUGACAAGGCAAUGAAGAUUACUGGGUGUGUACAGACAUUAGGCAAGAAAGGUACUCCAGAUUCUGCCUUGCAGCCAAAGCAUAAGCCAAAAUCAAGAAAAGGAAAGUUUUCUCAGAACAAAACAUUAGCAAAUUUGGGGAUUAAUUUUGAUUUUUCGGAUGACUCAGAUAAUGAUGUCCAUAAAAAUCAAGUUCAGGUAAAUGACCUUCCACCAUUAAUGACACCAGUUUUAAGCGAGGACAAUGUUUCAUGUAACACAAGGAGACAUGAUGAGUUUAACUCAAACACUGAGUAUAUGAAAGAAAGACCUAAUGACAUGCCAAGUGUUGAAAGCGAACAGUCUAAGAGAUUGGCAUCUGAGUGUGGCAGAUAUUCUCAGAGAAAGUUUAAUAUUGCAUCUUUUAGCAAAAAUCUUACUAGUCUGAAAAUGGCUGAGUUAUCAAAUGGUGGACUUGUACUUAAAUCUGAAAAAGAAGCAGUAAAUGAUGUACCUUGUGUUACAAGAACAUCAACCCCACUUCAUUCUGAGACAAAACAGAGAGAGUCAAGUAGAUACGACCUGUCAGUUUCAGAAAUCCAUGCUAGAGAAAAGCAAUGUGUCACUGACAAUUCAAAUGAGACAGAAAUAAAUUUUAAAGAGACAAAAUGGGCAUUCCCAACAAAAACCAUGUCUGUUUCAAAUGAUGCUGGCUUGGCUGAAGAGUCCAUCCUUCCCUUUUUGGAAUCCAUGCAAGCAGACAUGCUAGAAAGCACUUCCUGUGAUUCAAAGCAGAACUUCCGACUAUAUCUGGCUAUUGAACAGAGCAAAGCCAACCCAUGUGAGCAUGCAAAGCAGGAUAACCAUUCUAAAGAUAAAAAUCAAUUUUUUCUAAGAUCUGAAGAAUAUUCUCCUGGCAGCUUGCCCAAGACUGACAAUGAAAGUCCACAAAAUAUUGAAACUAUUCACUGUGUACAUGAAAAGGACAGACUUCAGGAAGAUGAACCUUCACAUUUCAAGAAUAUCUUAGAACCAAAUACUUCCAUUGCAUCAGAAGAACUUCAGUUUCAAACAGCAGAAGAAGAAGUGAAGAGCAAAAUAGACUCUCAGUAUGAAACUUGCUUAAUGUCGGAGGAAGAGGUGUCAUUUUAUGAAGCUGUGGAUGUAUCUGUUCAGACAAGUUUCAUUUGUGAGACAGUAAAAAGUGAGGAUGCCAUGAAACAUAUGGAUCAGGUUGAUUUUAUGGAAGAAUCAACACCUGGUUCAGAUGACUGUGCUGAGAAAUGUAGUAACAGCUGUAAGAUGAAGCAGACCCAAAACCUAAGGGACAUUUGUUCAAAUCAUUCCCCUGACUUUGAAAGAGCAGGUCAUGGUUUGUGCUGUGAACACUCUAAGCAGGACUUCUGGACUAAUGACAAAGAAGUCAGAAAAUUAUCAAACCAUAAAAAAAUGCAUGGUGAAACACUCCAUGAGGAUCUCAAAGCUAACAAAAAAAUGAUUCUUCAAGUCAGGAACUGAGCAACUCUGAAUGGCUUGGUUCUGAUUCAAAUUAUUUC